UGAAUCACAGCAGUCGGAUGGCAACCCGAGAUCUGGGCUUCGAAAGGCUCAUCAGGCGAAAGGCCGUGGAAACCACCGGGACUUUGAGACUCGGUGGGCCCUACCCCGCUUCCCUUCGGGUGACGGCGCUGUGAUGAGCAACUGACAGGCGCAACGAAAGGCAGCCCUCUGCUGUCUGGAGAAAAGCAGAGGCCUGGGCUACCAGCCUCGGGAGGGAGCCGAGGGCAGUGCUUGGGGCAGCGGGUCACAGCGGCUGGAAGCGCGCGUGGGAAGCGGGGGCUCUAGGUGCAAUAAGAGUUUCGGAAUGUCAGAGAAAGAUGUCUCCCGGAAGGAGGCAGGCUAAAGCGUGGGUACCACUACCUGCCUCAAGACAGGUGGGAGAGAAGGGGAUGAGGCUGGUGUCAAAGAUCAAGGGUCCCGCGCUCCGAGUUCAGGGAGUUAGUUUGAUGUAGGAGGCAUAGGUCAGAGGUCUCACGCAAGUGAGAAGGCUCUAAAGGGAGUCACAAACCCGGGGAGUUGAAUCUUCUGGGAGGAUUGAAUCUUCUCUAGCGAGCUGCUCUAUCAGAGGGGUCUCAGUCACCAUGGAGGACCGGCACCCCAAAGAGACCAUGGAGCAGCAGGAUUCGUCCAAGGAGAGAAGUCCCCAAAGCCCGGGAGGUGACAUCUGCCACUUGGGGGCCCUGCAGUGCACCCGCUGUCUCAUCACCUUCGCAGACUCCAAGUUCCAGGAGCGUCACAUGAAGCGGGAGCACCCAGCGGACUUCGUGGCCCAGAAGCUGCAGGGGGUCCUCUUCAUCUGCUUCACGUGCGCCCGCUCCUUUCCCUCCUCCAAGGCCCUGAUCACCCACCAGCGCAGCCACGGUCCAGCGGCCAGGCCCUCCCAGCCGGCUGCGCCCACCACCACGCCACCCACCUUCCCCUGUCCUGACUGCGGCAAGACCUUUGGGCAGGCCUCUUCUCUGAGGCGGCAUCGCCAGGCGCACGAGGCCCACCCCCUUCCUGGCCCCUUCGCCUGCACUGAGUGCGGGCAGGACUUUGCCCAGGAAGCAGGGCUGCAUCAGCACUACAUCCGGCACGCCCGGGGGGAGCUCUGAGUGUGGCUCCAGCCGUCCCGAGGGCGAUGGAAGCUCUGUGGCUGGUGGGACACCCAUCUGAUAUGGGGUGGGAGGGAUUUACUUUCCUCCCUGGAAAGGCAAAGGACUCCUGAUCAACAGGACCCAGAAGAUGCUCAUUUAGAGCCUCCGUCUUUGGAGGACACAAAAGCCUUCAGGGAAACAGUAAAAUCAAACAAUAGUGAGAAAGAAAGAAAGAAAGGGAAGUUUGUUAUUUGUAUCUUCCUCGUUCCCAAUUAAAUAGUUUGAAAUCAUAACUAGCUGCAGAUUGUGUUACCACCAUGAAUUCUUCCCAGAUGGAGGCCAUGGGGCUGCAAGAGCCAAGUGCCUGGAUCUGGGCCUGAAUGGGGGAGGGAAAGUGAGGUGUUGCCUGCCUGUAAUGCCACCGAAUGGGUCCCACACGUGGAGCAACUUGAGCCUUUGGGGAUGGGACAGCAAAGUCGGAGGCUGUACUGAGUCAUGUGACGGUUGCAAUCUGGGCCCUUGUCUCUUCCCACCCCCUGCCAGCCUUUCCCACUCAAGGAGGGGCCAUGGCAUUGGAUGGCUCUGCCCUCCUCCUCCCCAGAUAAUUUAUUGUUCAUUUAAGUAAUUUUAUGUACCAUUCUGGUCACGGAAUAUUUUUGCAUGUGUAGGUGAGAUGGCAUGAAUAAACUAACAGAAAUAGUAUCUAAA